AGAAAAACGUGACGUCAUAUUUAUUACAUCAUAAUUCAUACACAUGUAUGUUUCCGCUUGGCCAAGACUGUCAGAUUCUCUGUCGUCAUGGGAACGAAACAGAUUAAAGCAUUCAACUGGGUAGCAAAGAAGGGGCCGUACUAUCCGCUGUGUUUGAUAGUUAUAGGCCUUGUGCUACACAUUGUCGGCGUCUCCACAUCUCAUUGGCUCGAGGGAGCCAGGCUCCCAGGACCGCAGAAUAACGCAGAUAUAGUGAAGGUAACUGUUGGACUUUCUUGUCAAAGAAUUGAGUACAAAAACUGGACAGUAGAAAAUACAGAUUCAUCACUGACAAUUCAAGCUCCUCAAUACGUCAUUCUGGCCAUUGCAUGUGUGAGCACCGGACUGUGCGCGUUCACCGUUGUUAGGUCCCUGCCUAUCAUUGUUGGCACCAGUGGAUUUAUUGCUAUGCCUCUACAAUUAGUUUCUCUGGUGUUAAUCAGCGAUGACAUGGACGUAAACAGAAUGAAGGUACAGACAGGCCAGCCCACAUGGCCUCCUCUGUCCAUAUCUUGGUCAUUCAAUCUUGUGUUUGUGGGUCUACUGAUCAACACGCUUUCCACGGCUCUCUUUCUUACUCUGCAACUCAUAAAGAACGAACUGGAAGCUGAAAACGCCCGCCAGAAACAUCACGAUCUUUCAAAUAUCAAACUGUCCAACACUGGUUUCUAGAUGAGAUCCUGCUUUCUAUAAUGUUUGUACACACAAACAAAACAGGGUAGCACAAGUUUAUCUGAAAAUGACAUACAGACUAAGAUGAUAAGUCACAUGUUUAAGUUUAUUCUUGAUGUCUUUAUGUCCGCUUGGUCCUAAGGCAUACAGUUCUGUUUUAAGUUAACCAGAACCGACCUAGAUAAAGAUAUCUCCCUGUUGUAGCAAAAAUCAGCAAGUGUUAGUUUUAAAUGAGAAAGAAAGUACAAAUAAAAUCUUAAUUUAUCAAUACAAGCUCUUAGAUAUUUUCACUUAUUAAGUGUAACACUGUAGCCGAUGAAACAUUGACACUUAUAAUGUCCAAUCAAAAUAGAUCUACCGACCUUCUCUAAUUACAGAUUUUGGAGAUUUAACCAUGAACAGCCGAUUUUAUGUCCUUAUGAAACUUUGAGACUUUUCCUGGACCUGCAACGUUGUCUGAUCCGUUCCAUAUGUAAUUAAUUAAGGAGAAUUGUUCAAGAAAAAAUAUGACUGAAUAGACAAUCCCUUCUGAUAAACGUAUUUAUUGGACUUUUGGUACGACCAGUUUUGUAUCUAGCAAUUCAAUUAUAAUUACAUAUUUAAAAAACGUACCGAAAACAAACCGACAUCUGGUGUUCUUAAUAUUUCUAGUCUUUUAUUAUCAUGUCACCGAUUAAGUGCCGUAUGACGGCUGUAAAACGUGGCAUCGUACUUGCGUAGCACCGUACUUGCACUCGGUUUUUGUAUAAUUUCUAGUCCUUUAAGAAAGUAAAAGACGCCAUUUAAGCUGGUCCUUUUAAUCAGAUCUUGUCUGCUAUUAUUUUACUCGGUUGUGUCUAUACUUAUGAUUUGAAGCUAUUAUUUUGAUGUGCAACACACUCAACACACAACAGCAGUCUUUAAGUGUCGUGUGGCAGCUGGCAAUAUUCUCCCCUUAUUUGGACUAUGUACUGUUAUAUUUUCUGAUACUUUUGAAUCAUGGAAAAUAUUCAGUUUUGCUAUUAAGCCGGUGUAAGGGAGCGUGAUGGAUGUCACAUACUGGACAUAUUAUUAUCUGUCAUGAACAGACCCUGUCAAACCGAGUAUGCAACCAUUUUGUGUGGUAGCGUUCUUUGCUUCCAAAGGAUGUACUCACAGAUUGUAUUUUAUACAUAACCUAUAACACUUUUGCUCAGUUAUCAAUUAUAAUCAACCUCGUAUUCAUUUAUGCAA